AGGCGUCGUAAACCGUUCACGUUACUGUGCUACAAAACAUCAGCAACUGGUAGGGAAGGUUUCGGGCGUUGUCACUUGCAAGAAUAUACAGUCGGAUUGCGAAAAGAUUUGUAAAGCAGUAGCUACACCAUGUCAGCCUACCCAACAGCAUCACCUGAUGGCCAGGCUCCACCUGUAGCGAAACAGCCUAUCCCCGGAGGUCCAGGCCAGACACCUAUGGCCCCAGGGGCAGCUCCUGUUGGUCCCGGGGGUUGGGCAGCAGGACCCCAACAGCCACCAGCCAACUGCCCCCCAGGGCUUCAGUACUUGGCCCAAGUAGAUCAACUGCUCGUCAAACAGAAGGUGGAGGGUUUUGAAGCUGUGACAGGAAUUGAGACCAACAACAAGUACGAGGUGAUGAACUCUCUCGGACAGAUCGUGUAUAGAGCUCAUGAAGAUACCUGUUGCUGUACCCGUAACUGUUGUGGAGCAAAGCGACCAUUUGACAUCAAGAUCACAGACAACACUCACAAAGAGGUCAUUCACCUGUCCCGAGGACUCAGGUGUUCUUCUUGUUGGUUUCCCUGCUGUCUACAGAAAGUUACUGUUGAAGCUCCACCAGGAAAGGUCAUCGGGUAUGUGUCACAGUCCUGGAGCUGUUGCAAGCCACGUUUCUGCAUUGAGAAUGCCGCAGAGGAAACUGUGCUGAGGAUUGUGGGCCCGUGCUGUACAUGGAACAUGUGUGGAGAUAUUGAGUUUGAUGUUUACGCGGCAGAUGAGGAGACAUUCGUUGGUCGUGUGACGAAGCAGUGGUCGGGACUUGCAAAGGAAGUGUUUACUGAUGCUGACAACUUUGGAAUUUCGUUUCCACUCGACUUGGACGUUAAUGUCAAGGCUACCCUGAUGGGGGCAGUGUUUCUUAUUGAUUUCAUGUUCUUUGAGAAUAACACAAAGAAAGAUGAUAAAGGAAAGAAAACGUUAUCAGGAAGUGCCUAAUCCUUUGGAAGUCGAGGUGUCAUUGCUCACAUCAUUGGAGAUCAAAGUUCACCUUUCUGCAUCAUAUAAUUUGAUGACGAUAUAUCUUAUGUUGUAUGACACAAACUGACCAACAUAUUGUGGAAACUCAUUUACUAGUAAUGUUCUAAAUGCUGAAGUCGUUGAAAAUAGUUAGUUCUGAUCUCUUCUUUGAAAACACUGUCAUUAUUUUUGGAAGAUGAUAAGGCUGUUCUGCUUGGCUAAAUGAGAUGCCAAAGGCCCAGUACUCUGUAUAAACUUGUACAUGUAACCUAGGCUGAGUAUAUAUGGGCUCUUCUUAUUUUUUGAUUAUUUCUUUAUGUUUGUUCUUGUUAAUGGCCCUGAAUGACUAAAAUUGUGAAUUGGCUGUGAAACAAAAACAUAUUUUAUUUCCUUAUUUACAGAAAAAAUUAUUGAAAAUGAUAUUUAUAUUACACCUUCAUCUGUGGAAUGUGUAGUACAUGUUUUUGUAUCACACACUAUUAUUUGGUUGUUCUAUUUAUAUAUGAUUUUAUAAAACAAACACACAUUUACAUAUGUACCAUUAUCAUUUCUUGCUGCCUUUAUAGUUAUAACAAGUUAAAAAUAUUUUUAGACCAACAAUUCUCUGUCCUGAAAUCUGCUGAUUGUCUUAUGUUGUACCCAUUGGUUUUUCCCUUUUUCUAAUUAGAUGCUUUGAUGGGCAUUGUAGUUGUACUGUUAGAUGGACGAUAUUUUUUCUCUUUUAAAACAAUAAAGAAAAACUGUAUGAAGAAACUUGUGAAUGUUAUUACGAUAUUGAUUGCUUUUAUAGUAUUCUGGUUGUAAAUUACAGUAACAUUAUUUGAUUUUGAGGACUUAAAAAUUCUAAAAUAGUGCUGCUGGGUUUUUAGAAACUGUAAAAAUAAUACUAAUAGAGAAGCUUCUCCUUCUAAUAAUACUCUCUAAGUUCAAUCUUUUAUAGAAAAUGUGUAUAAUUGUACAUAUAUAAUACCUCAAAGUAACUCAAACAAUCAUGUUGAAAUAUCUUUUAAAACUUUGUUGGAUGUUGUAAAAUAUACUUCCAACAUCUAAACAUUUAUUUCAACCAGUUACACUUUGUAGGAAGUGCAACCUUUUUAAAGGCUUUCAUCUGUUUGAGCCAGUUUCUUUGUAGAAAAGCGUUUAUAUAAAUGUUGUGCCUUAUUUUCAAACAGUUAUUGUGGCACUUGAUUUUGAGGUAUUACAUAACUUUACAUCCUAUUUUAUAAUAUGUGUCUUACUAAUGAUUUAAACUUCUCUUGUCUUUGAUUUGAGUAAACUAUGAUAAACUAGCUAGAAAGUCAUCAAAAUAUUCCCGACUUAGUUAUUAAAUAUCCUUGUUUUCUUUCAUCAUCACAUUAUUAUCCUGUCUUUAAUUGGUUGGCGGUUUAUACUUAAAGCAUUUAAGUGUAACUCAUUUAUAGUUGCAGUAUCAUGUGUAUGAUUUGUACGUAACGAUUGUGUUAUUUAUAUGUUUUUUCUGAACAACGUUGUCACCAACCUUGACAACUAAAUCUUCAAUAAUAUAAAUCAUCUUCAUUCAGUGACUUUUAAUUUUCGAUAAGAAUUAUUUUGAGAGAUGAUUUAAUGUUUUUGAAAUACCUACGGACAAUUAUGAUUUAAAAAAAUAUAGUGUGACGAAAGAGCAGAUUGUAUUUGUAACUUUCUUGAAAUGUUCACACUAUAUCUGUGGUACAUAUACAUGCAUUAGAUUGUGGCAACUCUACUAAUACAGAAAUGUGUAUCUCUUUGUAGUGAAUCAGUAAUUGCUGUUUGUGAUGUGUUAAGUUCUCUAGUAUUGAUGACGUAUAUCUUUCUGUGUGUGAAGUUCCCUGGUAUUGAUGACGUAUAUCUAUCUGUGUGAUGUUCCCUAGUAUUGAUGACGUAUAUCUAUUAUAUCUAUCUGUGUGAAGUUCCCUGGUAUUGAUGACGUAUAUCUAUCUGUGUGUGAAAUUCCCUGGUAUUGAUGACGUAUAUCUAUCUGUGUGAAGUUCCCUAGUAUUGAUGACGUAUAUCUAUUAUUUCUAUCUGUGUGAAGUUCCCUAGUAUUAAUGACGUAUAUCUAUCUGUUGUAGUUGUUGUUUUGAUGACUACUACUGUUGUAGUUUGUUAUGACUUCAUAUCUUUUACAUUAUGAUUUACGUUGUACAUAUACCUAACCUUGAUAUUUCACCAACUACUUUAGAUUAACUAAUGGCAUUUUAAUAUAUAGGUUGAAUUACUUUCUUGUUGUACACAUACAUAUUUUUCGUUUCAGUAAAGGGUGGAUAUAUUUUUUAAAAAACCACUGUUUUUACGAUGUUGAGCCUUUAAUGUGUCCUUUUGUUACUAAAUUGAAAUUGAAUCCUACACAUUAAGGGUAGGGUAUACAGCUGUUGUUGAAAGAUGAUAAAAAGUGAUUCAUGAUAUUUUAUGGUCCUGAACCCUUUCACCCCUAUGCAACUUUAGUAGAUUCUACCAUGCAUUGAUAUGGAAGAGUCCAUUAUGGUCUAAAGUGGUGAAAGGGUUAAAGUUUAAUUUUGCUGUAUAACAUGAAUUUAAGAUUUCAUAAGAAUUUUUUCCUAAAAGUUCAAUAUUAUAGACUGAAUCAUUACAAUAUAAUUUUAUAACCCUUUAAAUUGAUUCUUACUUGAUAACAAUUCUGUAUGUAUGAAAACGAUCUGUUUAUUAUAGCUAUGUGCCUCUGCUGUAAUGGGUCAAGACUUUUCUUUUUGAAAAAUAUUUCUGUGAAGUUUGUUGAAACCUUUUUUACCACGUAUGAGAUAAUGUAAUUUUUAGGAUUUUUUUUUAUAUAUUCCAAAAUUUUGAUUUAGUCUGAUUUUUAAAGUUCUACACCCUGAUAUUAUGUACAAUGUACUGUUGUAUACAUGUGUUUCCCAACACAUAUUUGUAUUACAUGUAUCUAUGUAGGACAGUUACAUAGAAUAGAUUUAUAAAGAUAAUUAUAGAUGAAGAACUCACUGUAUAUAUUUCUGGCUUUUAUCUUUUGUCUUGAUAUAUAUGUAUACAUAUAAAUUACUCCAGUCAUUAAAAUCUUACAUGAAGCCUUA